UUGAUGGCGAUCGCGGGACCCUGGCCGCCCGAGACCGGGCACUGGCGCAUCAGUUUCAACGUUUGCUUCUCGCACCUAGCGAGCGAUGGCGCAUCCCACCAUGAAGCCAGUCCCUACUGCCUUCGUCCGAGACCUCGUCGGGACGCUGGACAAAGCUGGCGACCGCUAGAGAACCUGCAAUAGAGGUUUCGUGGAGCUGGCCUCUUCGUGUGUCGUCUGGUGCUUCACCUGUCACACCGACACGCGUUUAGGCCUUUCUACGCAUGCAUCCCGUGGUAGCGUUAUCACUCGCAGCGCUCCGACGGACAAUCCGCUCCUUUGGCACUUUGACACCCGAUGACGAUGACGACACGCCAAUUUUUCCGAUCCUGCGCUAUCUGGAGCCUCGAUCUAGCAGCCAUACUGGGCGACACUGCGUCCGUGCUCGCCUGCCUGCGGCUAGCCUUCCUGCGUCCCUGUGUUGUGCCGUGCGGCGGCAGACCGGACGUCUCAGCCUGGGCCCGCAGGUCGUGCACCGCGUGUGCGUGGAGACGCUGCUUUCCCCCUCGUUUUUUUUCCGACGCGAUAUUGCUCUGGACGUGCCAAGCGAUUGGGCGAGGCUCGAGGUGCACUCUGGUGCGACACGCACGAUAUGCUGCCAAUCCUCCCACAGGAACUUUGAUCUGGGACCAUCGCUCCCUGCGCUCCGAUGUACGGCUGGAAUGGACAGAUCGCGACGAACAAUGGCCCCACAAAGGCACACUCUAUCUGGAGAUGCAAUCUGGCUGCGCUACCCGACGAUGUUGAUCCACCUUCCCGAUGGACACUGCGCACUUCAGGCUGACGUUCGCGGUUUCCCCGGCGAAGCUCGUCGCACCCAGUCAUGAUUGUUUUGGAGGCUCAUGGUGGCUACGCCACAGACGGUGCAGCUUUUUUCUUCCCACUCUGCGCUAUGUUGCCUCAGCCUGGCGUUCGCGCGGUAAUCCGGCCACUCAAGAAGGAUCUUCUGGGGUGCUCAAUCCACGCUGAUGGAUACCCGUUGAUUGUUUCUUCUUUGUGGCUAGAUGAUAACAGGUUAGCUCCGGGUUUCGAUGCUCAAACUUGAGUCAAAUAAAAAGUCUGC